ACAAAACGACUGUCACAAAAAUUUUGAAUGUAAGUAACUGAAAAUAAUUUAGGAAUGGUACGAACUUGCAGCGUUAUUGGCUGUGAUGUUCUAUCACACGACCGAAAUGGUAAAAAAAUAAAUAAAUAAAAAAUAGAAAACAGAUUUUAGUUUUACUGCCUCUAAAUAAUGCGAGGGGGCUAAGCUAUCGGAGCUAAACUAACGGAGCUAACGGAAAGGAGACGAGUGGCCUGGGCAUCAGCGACGAGACGUCCUAUAUCGGAUUCUCUAACAUCCCAAAAUAUCUACAAGUUUGCUCCAGACAUGUCCGUUCUGCAACAGCAGAAGCAGGAACUGAUGUUACAGUGGAGGAAAAUGGCCAGCCAGAAACCAUAACCUCGAGUGCUUUCCUCUACAAACCUGCCGCUGACAAGGACGGAAAGGAAAGAAAAGGGAAGAUGAAAAAUACCGGAGAAGUGCGAGGAAGCACAGACAAGCUGAGUAAAUCUGAGAAAGACCAGACUUGGAUCGCCAAAAUCUACAAGAAACGAGUGUGCACCACCUUUGUGGAGGACUCCUUCAGUAACGGGGCGCUGUGUCAGUGUGGAGGGGCGAGAGACGCCCACUCCUCCGUGGCGCUCGGGGACUACUUCAGCACGGCCAUUGUGAACCGCUGGGACAGCGCCCAGCACUCGUCUGAAUACCCGACCGACGCUUUUGGAGAGGUUCAGUUUGCAGGAGCCAGCAAGAGACACAGCCAUUUUUUGCGCCUGUCGUCGGACAGCCAACCAAAUCUGGUCUACACCUUGAUGACGACCCAUUGGCAUCUUCCCACCCCAAACCUGGUGGUUUCUGUUGUGGGUGGAGAGGGCAGAACGAAGGUGAAGACCUGGGUACGAGAAGUCCUCAGGCAGGGACUUGUGAAAGCAGCGCAAAGAGCAGGAGCGUGGAUCUUUACAACAGGACUGCGUGAAGGCGUCGGCAGGUGUGUUGGCGAGGCGGUGAGAGAUCACGCCACUGCAGCUUCCUCCGACUCCCUCAACAAGGUGGUGGCCGUGGGCGUCGCUCCAUGGGGAAUAGUGCACAACAGGGAGCAGCUCGUCAACCCGAAGGGCAGCUUUCCUGCAAAGUACUACGUACAGAACCCAACUCGGGAUUCCUGCUCUCUGGACAACAACUACCAGUCCUUCCUGCUGGUGGACGAUGGGAGUGUGGGCCGCAGAGGAGGAGACAAGGUCUUCAGAACCAAACUGGAGGACCACAUCUCCCAUCAGCGCACAGGAAUAUGGGGUAGCGGAACAAUUGACAUCCCUGUUCUUUGUAUGUUGAUAUCAGGAGACACAAGCAGUUUAGAGCGAAUGGAUCUGUCGCUAAAGAACUCCAUGCCCUGGCUGGUGCUGGCCGGCUCAGGAGGCCUGGCAGACUUCCUCACUGACCUCCUGGAGAACGUGUCAGUCUUCCAGUCCACCGGUGAAGGCGACGGCGAACCUGGUCCCAGUGUGGAUCUGAAAGAAAAAGUCGCAGAGCGAGUCAAGAAGCACUUUCCUGCAGAAACGGAGAGCGACAAACUUGUUGAGCGUGCUCUCCGCGUUUACCAAUGCAGAGACUUGAUUUCAAUCCACUACGGAGAGCAGGAGAGUCCCACAGACUUUGACACAGUCCUCCUCAAGGCAUUGGUUGGCGCAAGUAAGCAGCGUGCGUCAGACGAGGCCAGUCCGUACAAUGAAGAACUGAAACUAGCUGUUGCAUGGAACAGGGUUGACAUUGCCAAGAGUGAACUUUUCAAUGGAGACAUUCAAUGGAAGUAUGAGGAUCUGAAGGAAUCCAUGUCAGAUGUCCUGAUCAAUGAUAAGCCCCAGUUUGUGCAGCUUUUCACUGAGAAUGGUCUAAACAUCACCGAAUACCUGACCUACGGCAGACUGGAACAGCUCUACCGCACCGUUCCCGAUUCAACGCUGUUGUAUCAGCUGCUUCAGCGUCAGUUAGUGUUCAGACUGGGAACUGCACCAACAGUGCCUGCAGCAAGUAGCGAGCCAAAAUCACCUUUGAAAGCGGCAGAAGAGAUCUUUCAGAGCGGGCCAACGACAGACAUCACCCUUUUCGAGAUUUCAGGAGUCCUGGAUUUAUUAAUGGGUGAUACCUGCCAGCCGUUCUACUAUGAUGUUUUGGGCAUUUCAGACAUCGGCUCUAAAAGGAAAGCUGUCAAGCGUGUCAGUAAGCUACUGCGUGACAAUCGCUCAUAUCAGGACAAGCGCUGCCUCUACCCCUGGGCUUCGCUCUUCAUCUGGGCCGUUCUGCAGAACCGCACUGAGAUGGCCACUUUCUUCUGGGAGAUGGCAGGAGAGUCGGUGCUGACGGCUCUAAGUGGCUGCAAGAUGCUGAGAGAAAUGUCCAAGCUGGAGUCUGAAACUGAAAUCAAACUCUCCAUGAAAGAUCUGGCCCAGACGUUUGAGAAUCUGGCACACGAUAUCUUCAGCUCUUGCUAUCGCAGUGAUGAAAGUCGUUCCUUCGAUCUGCUGAUUAGGAAAUCUCCUGUUUGGGGAAGCACCACCUGCUUGCAGAUGGGCAUGGGCGCCGACGCACGCCUCUUCUUCAGCCACGACGGCGUACAGUCGUUUUUGUCCCACAUCUGGUGGGGCGACAUGAAGAGCAACACGGCGGUGUGGAAGCUACUGCUGACCUUUUUCUGCCCUUUCCUCUGCUACACAAAACUAAUUUCUUUCAGGGAAGACGGAAACCAACAGGAAGAGGAAGGAAGGAGCAGCGUUGAAGACCUGAGUCAGGAUGUGGACAAUCACUACGGGACAACCGUCUUCUCUUUCUCUGACAUCAAACACAUUGAAGCUGACAGGGUGGGCUCCAGUCCCAUCGGAGGCGUCCUGGAACCCUUCAGACCGCCGCGGCGCCCAUUCAUAGUGUCCCGCUGGCGCCAGUUCUGGUUCGCUCCCGUCACGGCGUUUUUGGGGAACGUCUUGAUGUACUUCGUGUUUCUCAUCCUGUAUGCGUUUGUGCUGCUGCUGGACUUCAGAGAGCCGCCCCCGUCAGGUCUGGCCGCGUCGGAGUAUGUGCUCUACUUCUGGGUUUUCACUAUGAUUUGUGAGGAGAUUAGAGAGACUUUCUUUUCAGGGGUGACGACUUGGCGUCAGACGCUCAGAGUUUACAUUCAAGAUGUGUGGAAUAAAUUUGACCUUCUUGCUAUAAGUCUUUUCAUCUCAGGAUUAAUCUGCAGGAUGUUUACAUGGACUUAUGAGUAUGGAAGGGAACUCCUGUGUGUGGACUUCAUGGUCUUCACCCUUCGUCUCAUUCACAUUUUUGCCAUUCACAAACAGCUGGGACCAAAAAUUAUCAUUGUUGGCAAAAUGAUGAAAGACAUCUUCUUCUCCUUCUUCCUGGGAGUUUGGAUCAUGGCGUACGGAGUGGCCAAUCAGGCUUUGCUUUACCGCCACGACCCGAAUUUUGAUCGCAUCUUUCGCAGAGUUUUCUACAGGCCGUACCUGCACAUCUACGGCCAGAUUCCUGUGGAGGAGGUCGAUGUUAAAAAAGCUUGGGAUGUAGAAUGCACCGACAACCUGACAUUGGUUGCGGAAGGCGCUGAGCAGUGCAGAAAUCCCUCCGGCAACUGGUUAGUGGUCAUUCUGCUGAUGGUUUACCUCCUGGUGACCAACAUCCUGCUCAUCAAUCUGCUCAUCGCCAUGUUCAGCAACACGUUCACUGAAGUCCAGGCCAACAGCGAGUUUUACUGGAAGUUCCAGCGCUACAACCUGAUUGUCCAGUAUCACUCCAAGCCGUCACUGGCUCCUCCGUUUAUCAUCUUCUCCCACCUCAAUCUUUUCAUCAGGAGGAAGAUCCGUAAAGUUCCCUCUGUCAAGGUUCAGCACUUCGUUUUGCAGUUGGAUCUGAAGGCUGCCAACAGACUGAUGACGUGGGAAACGAUCCAGAAGGAAGACUUGCUGACCGCCCAAAACAAAAUCCAGAAAAGCAGCGACUCAGAGAGGCUGAAACGGAUGUCUGCCAAGAUGGACAGUGUUGCUAAACAUAUGACUGAAAACAGAGACCUGGACCAGAGGCUUCGGGUUCUGGAGAUUGAGAUGGAGAACUGCUCAAAUGCUCUGAGAUGGAUUGUUGAUACUUUAGCACAGGGUGGCGCGUUUGAACCACCCAGACCACCACCGACGUUUAGAGAUGGCGUUCCCAGUUCUUCCAGUUCAUCGCAGCUGAGCCUUAACGACCGAAAAGGAAAGUGACGCAUUGGCAUUUUGUUGAGGCUCAUACAUGUGGUUCCCACCCGUCAUUAUCACUGGAUUAAAAACAACAACAAGUCGCCUGUACAACAUUCAGACACACCUAAACAUGGAACAGUAUUCAUGGACUCAUAUUGAAAUGCUGAUAUUAUAUAUUUUUUUACUUUGUUUGCAUUCUAGUCAGUUUAACAUGAACAAUGCUGUAGUUUUAAGGGCUGCGCUGCAAAAAGACAAUCUUAACUAUAUUUAAAAUAAACUAACUUAUAAUUAACUUUUCAGCUUGUUUUAUAUUAUAUAACGUUAUAUAAUUUUAUAACUUGUUUUAUAUAUCCAUUGGCAGAUUAUUUCACUGAUAACACAGGAAAAAAAAUUUAUUAGUAAAACUAAUCUGACAUUGGAACAAGAACUUAUUAUUAAGCUCAUAUUUCUUGCUGAAAAGUUAUUUGUGAGUUAGUUUUACUGUAUUGAAAGUGUAGCAAUAUACUAGACCAAAAUAACUGCUUUGUAUUUUUGCAGUGUGUGUAUAUUGGGGAAAUAAUGAGUAUUUGAUAUUAUUGUGUUUAUUUAGAGUCAGUGGUUGCUUAAAAUUAGCUGCAAAAACUUUUGUCUUUCAUUGAGCCUAAGAAUUUUAUAUUUUUUGUCUAAUAAAUUCCUGAAAUGAUGAUUUAACACUUAUUGUGUGAUUGAAAGGCCUAACCUUUUGUUUCCUCACACUUGUUCACAUAAAUUUGGGAUACUUCCUACACUUUUCCUAUUUAUUAGAAGGAUUUUGAAAUCUCAAAGCCAGUCGUCUUAAUGUGAAUAGUCAUUUUCAGAGGCGGGUUUGAGUUUUCUCAUUCGGUUGAUUGCGUAAAACUGGUGGGAGGACGACUCACAGAGGACAGGAGAGUCAUGGGCAGAGCAAAAGUGUGACGGUGCCCGGUUUCAACAUGACAUGGCUCCACUGAAGGUCACAUAGUGGAGCAAACUGUUGAAGGAGCCUUUACUCUAAAUAGUUAGCUGGGCCAGCUGUCAAUCGCCUGGAGCAGCCGCUCACUCUGAGAGACGCCGUCGUCCCUUUCUGCCGUACGUUUCACCUGACUGCAGGCUGACAGCGGGGAUUGUUUAAAGAUUAUUUAAAAUGCAAAGCUGUCCUGUCACCUGCUGCCUGCUCUCACUGACAAAACCUGAAAGUGAAAGCAUUACACAGUUAAAAAGCGGCUGGAAUGUCGCCUCAUUUCUAUUUGCAUCCUCGCUGCACAUCAUGCUGACAUCCUCCUGAGAUCAUUUUACAAACUGGCAUUUAGAGACAUUUCACUUUGCUUUUUAUCACCUCAUAGCAUUAUUUAUUUAGACUGUAUUUCAUUUCCUCACACAGCAGAAACUGUUUGGUUGUAAAUACAGAUGAACACAACUUCAGUAAGCACAGCCUUCCAUCAGCAGACACUUUAUUUUUUGUUCCUUUUUGUAUUUUAGGUUGUUUCAUACUAAUCCAAAAAGUGAAACUGGUAUUCCCACAGAGAGUUCACUCUGAUUAUUUAGUUAUGCCUCACAUAACUAAGAGAUGGAUACAAAUAAUAAUCAAGACUGAAAUGUAACUCCUCAAGUCUUUAGACGUUUUCCUGGCUUAAAUUGUUCUCUACGAACACAUAAAACAGGGAAACAUUUAAAAAUAUUCAGGCUACCAGGACUGACUUUGGAAACCACUGGCCUGAUCAAUAAUUUGACAAUUAUUCAACAAACAGGUUUCACAAAUUCCAAAGAGAGGAUAAGUCACAAAAAGUCAUUGUUGAACAAGUUGGUUGGAAGAAUAUCAAUGGAAAGUUGAGCGGAAGGAAAAAGUGUGAUGAAAGUUUUAGCAGGAUUGGCUGCACUGUGUUUAUUUAGUCGUUCAUGUGACAGCCGGCCUGCAUUUCCUUCACCAGCUGGAAUAAAUAAAAUGAACUGAAAUGAACAAAUUUGCAGUUAUAUUAUCGAGAUCUUUGAGAAGGUAGAGAAUUGCAAGUAAGAGAAGCACGAAAGCUUAUUUUUACUCGAGUAAAUGUAUUUUGUUAAAAGCUGAUCAAAACAUCAAUCAUUUAAUAUUUAAAAAUUACAUCAUCAGAUGGACCAAAGUAUAAAGUUAAGUGGAAGUUUUUGGUGUUUUAAGGACAAAAAUGACAAUAAUUCA